CUCCUUUACGGCCACGACUCCGGGGGUGGGGAAAGCAAGCAAGCGCCGGUUUCCUUCUCGAAGACGCUCCUGCGGUUCCUUCUCACGAUUCUGUGAACGGACAGGUCCGCCCCCGCCCCAGCAUGUCCACUGGCUCCCUCAGCGAUGUGGAGGACCUUCAAGAGGUGGAGAUGCUGGAAUGCGACGGGCUGAAAAUGGACUCGAACAAGGAGUUUGCGACUUCCAACGAGAGCACGGAGGAGAGCUCCAACUGCGAGAACGGGUCUCCCCAGAAGGGCCGCGGCGGCCUGGGCAAGAGGAGGAAGGCGCCCACCAAGAAGAGCCCCUUGAGCGGCGUCAGCCAGGAGGGGAAGCAGGUCCAGCGCAACGCGGCCAACGCGCGCGAGCGGGCCCGCAUGCGGGUGCUCAGCAAGGCCUUCUCCAGGCUCAAGACCACCCUGCCCUGGGUUCCUCCGGACACCAAGCUCUCCAAGCUGGACACGCUCAGGCUGGCGUCCAGCUACAUCGCCCACUUGAGGCAGAUCCUGGCUAACGACAAGUACGAGAACGGUUACAUUCACCCGGUGAACCUGACGUGGCCCUUUAUGGUGGCCGGGAAACCCGAGAGUGACCUCAAAGAAGUGGUGACCGCGAGCCGCUUAUGUGGAACCACAGCGUCCUGACCUUGGAGGUGCGAGUCUGGGAAAGGCGCGCUCCCGGGGGGAGCGGGCCCCGGGAAGGCGACCCCUGCCCUCUCCUCUCUGUCUUUGCUUCCCCCUCUCAGCGCUCCUCUCCCUGUCCCACCCCGGCGAGAACACUUUACAGCGACGAGGAGAUUCGUUUCCAAGCCAGAGGAGACCGACUGUACUUACAAAGAUCCCCACCUAUUUAACUUUAUGAACUCCUAUGGUGAAAGACUCUGCGAGCCUUGCUGGUCCAAGUGCAAUAUGUAAUUAUAAAUAUAUAAAUAGAUAAUAAGAGCCUUAUCAAUGUGUAUCUUUUGUACAAUAUGUUGUAAAGUGUAGAUCAUAGAAUAGCUGACUUUGACAGUCACAUUUAUAAAGGAAGUCACUUAAAGAUUAUUUUUUUCAGACAAGUUUUGCUACUUUCGAAAAUAAAUCUCUCUUUAUAUUGCUAAAAGC